GUUUGUGUUCCUGGUGGAUACGGGUCUGGAGAUCCUCAUCUGGAGAGGAGCCAGCGCCACUCUGGCCGGUACCACUAAGGCCCGCCUGUUUGCAGAGAAGAUCAAUAAGAACGAACGUAAGGGGAAAGCUGAGAUAACCACCAUGCAGCAGAAUCAGGAACCUCUCAUCUUCUGGGAGGUUCUGGGAGGACAACCUGAAGAGAUUCUCAGACACGUCCCUGAGGACUUCACGCCCGUACGACCCAAACUAUACAAGGUGGGUCUGGGUCUGGGUUAUCUGGAACUCCCUCAGAUCAACUACAAGCUGUCAGUGGAACACAAAGACAACGUCAAACUGGACAAACUGCCGGAACUACGACUGCUCCAGACCCUGCUGGACACUAAAGGAGUGUACAUCCUGGACUGUCUGUCUGAUGUGUUUAUCUGGAUUGGGAGGAAGUCUCCUCGUUUGGUGAGAGCAGCAGCCCUGAAGCUGGGACAGGAAGUCUGCACGAUGCUCCACCGGCCCAAACACGCUACAGUUACCAGGAACCUGGAGGGGACCGAGUGCCAGGUGUUCAAGUCUAAGUUUCAGAACUGGGAUGAUGUCCUGAAGGUGGACUACACCAGAGCAGCUGAGAGUGUAGAGCAGCAGCAAGGAUUACAGGGGAAGGUGAAGAAGGAUGCUGAGAAGAAAGACGAGAUGAAGGCUGACCUCACCGCUCUCUUCCUCCCCAGACAACCCCCCAUGGCCCUCACUGAGGCAGAGCAGAUGAUGGAGGAGUGGAAUGGGGAUCUGGAUGGAAUGGAGGGAUUCGUUUUGGAGGGAAAGAAGUUUGCUCGUCUGCCAGAGGAGGAGUUUGGACACUUCCACACACAGGACUGUUACGUCUUCCUCUGCAGGUACUGGGUGCCGGUAGAAUACGACGACGACGAGGAGAAGAAGGAGAGACCCGGCCACCACGGAGGAGAGGAAGAGGAGGAGGAGGAGAGGGUGGAGGAAGACUUCCAGUGUGUUGUGUAUUUCUGGCAGGGCAGGCAGGCCUCUAACAUGGGCUGGCUCACCUUCACCUUCUCUCUGCAGAAGAAGUUUGAGAGUCUCUUCCCCGGGAAAUUGGAGGUGGUCCGUAUGACCCAGCAGCAGGAGAAUCUCAAGUUCCUGUCUCACUUCAAGAGGAAGUUCAUCGUUCAUAAAGGAAAGAGGAAACAGAAGAUCGAUGCGGCUCAGCCCCGCCUCUACCACAUACGCACCAAUGGCAGCGCUCUCUGUACCAGGACGAUCCAGAUAGGAACGGACUCCAGUAACCUGAACUCAGAGUUCUGCUUCAUCCUCAAGGUGCCCUUUGAGAGUACAGACAACCAGGGGAUAGUCUAUACCUGGGUGGGCCGGGCUGCUGACCCUGAUGAGGCCAAACUGGCUGAAGACAUCAUGAACUGUCUGUUUGAUGAAACCUACAGCAAACAGGUGAUCAACGAGGGGGAGGAGCCGGAGAACUUCUUCUGGGUGGGGAUUGGCUGUCAGAAGGCGUACGAUGAGGACGCGGACUACAUGAAGUCCGCUAGACUGUUCCGCUGCUCCAAUGAGAAGGGAUUCUUCGCUGUGUCCGAGAAAUGUUCCGACUUCUGUCAGGACGACCUGGCCGACGAUGACAUCAUGCUGCUGGACAACGGCCAAGAGGUGUACAUGUGGGUGGGAACUCAGACCAGUCAGGUAGAAAUUAAACUCAGCCUCAAAGCCUGCCAGGUGUACAUCCAGCACAUGCGGUCUAAGGAGUCGGAGACGCCCAGGAAGCUGCGUCUGGUCAGGAAGGGGAACGAACCCCACUGCUUCACACGAUGCUUCCACGGCUGGGGGGCCUUCAAGACGCCGCCCGCGUAGAAACGCACAGCGUAGAAACGCACAGCGUAGAAACACACAGCGUAGAAACACACAGCAUAGACACGUCCGCUCUACAUAGAUGCAGCUUUAUCAGCACACGGUUUACCUGCUGGAUGUCUCCCUUCCUGUUCCCCUCCCCCCUCCUUCCUGUUCCCCUCCCUCCUCCUUCCUGUUCCCCUCCUUCCUCCUUCCUGUUCCCCUCCCUCCUCCUUCCUGUUCCCCUCCUUCCUCCUUCCUGUUCCCCUCCCUCCUCCUUCCUGUUCCCCUCCCUCCUCCUUCCUGUUCCCCCGCCUCCCUCCUUCCUGUUCCCCGCCUCCCUCCUCCUUCCUGUUCCCCCCUGUAAGGGUCAGAUCUCCGUUCUGACGAGAGAGAGCACACUGUAUUUCUGUGUUUCAGUGAUCGGUCCUGGCCUUGCCGUAGAUAUAGUUAUACCAGAUAUAGAUGUAUAUUUACUAGACUGCCAUCUUCUACAGUACUGCAGCAGCUCUACGUGCGCACGCCUGGCUGUAAUUGUGCGCACGCUCCUGAUGUCACUUGCAGACACUAUAUAUUUAAUGGUUUUAUAUGAGAAUAAAGUUUAACGAAACGUG